GUCUCUCUACCUUCAUAAGAAAAGGGUAAGGUGGCGUACACACCAUCCUCCCAAACCCUACUUGUGAAAUUACUCAACGUAUGUUGUUUCUUCCACUCAUCAAUCUAUUACUUAUUGUUUCACAACAAUGGCGAAAUCAUCCCUGUCUAAGCGAUGUCAAUCAACACCUUUUUACUCGAAAAUUACACUAUAUAGUUAACUAUCUUAUAUGUUAAAGCUCUUUGAAUUGUUACUUCUUUAUAUUUUGAUUUUCCUUAAAUCCUGACCCCGUCAUUGAUUUCAGAUACUCUUCCUCCCUCAUCAAUAUAGAAAAAGAUGAGUUUUCUCCCUCAUCAAUAUAGAAAAAGAUGAGUUUUCAAAUUUAUAUUUUGCUUGACCUAUAUAGCUAUAUUUAUUCCCUAGGCCAUGAUACUAUAUCAAAUAUUCCAAUCUUGCAAUGGUUGAAACCUUAAUGAACAUGUUUUGCUUUAUUCUCUUCAUAUAUGUGAAACUCAUGUAAUGAACAAAGUGUUGUAUAUAUAGCCAAAUUAUUUCACAGUCAUACACAUCCAAUUUUCUUGAAAAUGAGUUCACUAAAUGUUUUCCCUUCUACCUUGAUCUCUAAUAAAAAUUCCCAAUAAUUUUCCAAGAAAAAACUCCCAAUUUUCUCUCCAUCAAAAAAAGAAACUACAACUUCUUUAUGACCAAAAAUAUGUUUCUAGUUUUAUUCAAUUAAACCAAGUUUCAUUCAAAAGAAAUUGCCUAUUAUACCCUUUGAAAUGUAAUAAAUCAGACAAUUCAGAAAGUAAUAAUCCAGAAGAAGACCCAAAAGCUAUGGAAACAGUACAAAAACUUUAUAAAGCACUUAAAAAUAAAAAUCUUAUUGAAUUGUCUGAUAUAAUUGGAGAAGAAUGUAGAUGUAUUAGCAAUGUUGCCUCCUCUUUACAAACUUUCUAUGGCAAGGAGCAAGUAAUUGAUUUCUUCAAAUCAAUCAUAAAGCUCCUUGGGAACAAUAACUUUGAGAUUGUUUUCAAACCUACUACACAUGAUGGAACACAUGUUGGGGUUGCUUGGGAAUUAGAGUGCAGUGACACUCAUAUUCCUAUUGUGAAAGGUUUUGGAUUCUAUCAUUGUCAUUAUUACAAGGGUCGUAUGAUGAUAAGGAAUGUGGAGAUGAUCAUGGAGCCACUCCUUCAAAUUGAGCCACUUAGAUUGAAAAUAUCAUCCUUCCUUUUGAGAGCAAUUCAAAAGAUGACUCCAAAUAUUUUGAAGGGAAAGAUGAAAGAGGCUACGAAAAUCUUGUUUAUGAUUCUACUAUUUGUAGCUUCGCUGUAUUUGAUUAAGAACUUUAUGUAAUUCACUAGUAAUUUUCUUUUUUGAUUCGUA